CAGCGAAGCGCGCGAAGCAUGGGCGAGGCGACACGUGCCGGUGUAUUUCGCUUUCCGCGCUGUCUUCGUUGAGUCGCACCCACCGAGUAGUAAGCAGCCGACAGCUGGUGUGUGGCGAGGCCGCGCUCCGAAGCCCCUGCAGCCCCUGCACGUCGCCGCCGUCAACGUCGCCAUGGCUCCCACCCAGCAGCAGCAGACUCUGGAGCGCUUCGUGGAGACGGGCAAGAAGGUCAUCGGCGCGGGCCUCAACUACAAGUCGUUCGCGGCGAAGGAGAAGCUGCCUCACCCGGUGGCGCCGGUCGUCUUCCUGAAAGCCACGUCGUCGUACCUGAAGGCGGGCCGACCCCUGCAGGUGCCGGCCGGUGACCAGGUCAACGCGGAGGUGGAGCUAGGCGUCGUCAUCGGCCGCACUUGCUCGCGCGUCAGCGAGCAGGACGCCCCGGACUUCGUGGGGGGCUACUGCCUGGCGCUGGACAUGACCAACAUCACCCUCUUGAACAAGUUGAGGGCGUCCUCCGGGCCGUGGGCCCUCGCCAAGGCCUUCGACUCGGCGUGCCCCGUCAGCGACUUCAUCCCCAAGGACAAGCUGCCCACCCCGCAGAUGACGCGCAUCUGGAUGAAGGUCAACGGCGAGCUCAAGCAGGACGAGAGCACGAGCGACAUGAUCUUCCCCAUCGCGCACCUGGUGUCGUACAUCUCGCACUACAUGACCCUGGAGCCGGGUGACGUCAUCCUGACGGGGACGCCGGCGGGCCCCUGCCCCCUGCGACCGGGCGACGCGGUGGAGUGCGGCCUGGACAGCGUGCACUGUGCCAUGCAGCUCAACUUCAACGUCGAGGCAGCGCCAUCAGCGCCUUGAGGGAAUACUACCCCAAUUUGGAACCGAUUUUGUAUUUUUUGCAGUGGCGCUGGCCUCGUGAUAAUGCGGUGAACGCUGUCAGAGAAAGGCAAAUUUCUUCACACUGUUGUGCUAGUGUGAAACUUCACACUGUUGUGCUAGUGUGAAAUAAAUCCACAAAUUUUUAUGA